UCGGAGACAUAACUUCUAUUUGUCAACCAACUCAGAGAUGGCAGAUAUAAUCAGUAUUGUUUAUGCGUCUGUCGUGGCAAUUGGUGGAAUUAUCGGAUAUGUCAAAGCCGGGAGUUCUAUGUCACUGGCCAUGGGUUUGUCAUGUGGGGGUCUCAUGGGAAUUGGGGCCUAUCAGACGUCAGUGGACCCCCGGAAUAUUUGGCUGUCUUUAGCUGUGAGUGCAUUGCUGACUUGUGUGAUGGGCUACAGGUUCUCUAACUCUGGGAAGUUCAUGCCAGCCGGACUUGUUGCCAGCCUCAGCAUCCUGAUGCUCAUCAGAUUUGGCUCCAGACUGUUGCAGUGAGAUGAUUGGAUGACGGACAGCAAAAUGGGAACAACGUCGCAAAUGUACAUGGUUGCAGUUUAAUAUUCCAUCACUGGUUGUGAUAAAAACAGACAUUUGGGUUGUCGGGAGAAAUGAUGGUGAUUGACCUACAGAAGAUAUUCAAGGGACACUGAACCGAGAAAAGUGGAUAAUGACGUAAUCUGUUGUGGCUAGUAAUCACAUUAGACUUGCCAUCGAUACAGCCAUUGUUUUAAUUGGUACGCUCCAGGGUGAUUGUCCCUGUACUAAGCGGUUGUAGCAUAAGGCACAUUCACAUUUCAAGUUGGGCAAUACUACACUUGCCAU